ACGUGCGUUGGAUCGGUGACGCCAUGGCAGCCACAGGUCUGGCCAAUUUCUUUCCCAGCAUCAUUUGCGCAGUCAUCACGGCAGCGCUGCUUAUUGCUGGACUUAUUUGUACGUUCACCGGUGGCUCAGAAGCAUCCACUGCCUCCGAGCUCGAUGUGGACGAGAUCUUUUUGUCCAUGGGAAAGGUCUGUCGCAUUGUGUCUGUGACACAUCGCUACGACACCAAGCGCGAAUCGCGCAGCGUUUCGAGCGAUUCCUCGGAGACCGUGGAGUUCUGCCAGGAUCACGUGGUGUACACCUUCAGUGUGUCAGAAGCUGGGAGUUACGCUGAGAGACCUCAGGUAUCCUCUAGGGGAGAAGUAACGAUUCCGCUGGGCGGCUUGGGAAGCGACAUGCAAGAUCGCUGCCAGGGUGCAGGCGGAUAUCAGAAAGACUUGGUGUGCAAUGGCCUGUGCCAGGAGGGUCAAGAGAUCGAGUGCUGGCGACCCAUGACAUCCUGCACGGGCAGCUGUGAAACAACACAUGCCUGGGCCAAGUGUAGCAAUACGGAGUGUUAUAAGAUGCUUGGCAUUGGGGGUGGAUCCUGGUGGAUCCUGGUAUAUGUGUGUUUCAUACUAAACUUACUAAACAGACAUAAAUCAUAA